AUGCUGCAGGAAUGGCUGAGGGAAAUCACCUGUGGCAUCUGUAGGAGCUACUUCUAUGAACCAGUCACCAUGGGUUGUGGGCACAGGUUUUGCAGAGCAUGUCUCUCCUGGAGUUGGAGAGUUGCCACUCAAGCUUUCUCUUGUCCUGAAUGCAGGCAGGUGUCCCAGGUCAGAGAAUUCCCAGCAGUCAAUGGGAGCCUAGCAGAGCUGACUGACCUGACCAAUUGGCUCUGCCCCCAGCUUUUGCAGAACACUGAGGAACACAGCCAGUGUGCCAGGUGCAAGGAAGGGCUCAAGCUGUUUUGUGAAGAUGACCAGACACCCCUCUGUCUGAGAUGUUCCCAAAGCCCAGAGCAUGGGGCUCACAAGCUCUCUUCUGUAGAGGAGGCUGCUCACAACUGCAGGGAGAAGCUCCAGCACAUUCAGAGUGACUUGGGCAAGCAUCUGGAGGAAGCUGAGAAACUUCCUGAUGAGGAGGAGACACCUGCUGAUAAAGGAAGAGGAAAGGCAAGCCAGGACAGACUCUCCCAGCAUAUGCAAAGCCUUCAAGCCCUCACGGUAGGGCUGCAGGAAGCAGGCCACCAACCCAAUGUGCAUCUGCUACAGGAAGCCAAGGAGUUGCUAGGAAGGACUGAGUCAGUGUUGUCCCAAAGGGUCAAGGCUGUCACCCCAGAGCUGAGAGAAUACCCCAUUCCUGGCAUGAUGGAGAUGCUCAACCGUUUCAGAGUGGACAUCACACUGGAUCCCACAUCAGCCAGUCCCUGUGUGAUUGUUUCUGAGGAUCUGAAGAGUGUGAAGGCUGCAGAAGGCUGGCAGGUGGAAAUCAAGCACCCUGAGGACCCUGCUUGGCAUUAUGUCUUUGCUGAUCAGGCCUUCAGCUCAGGCAGACAGUACUGGGAGGUGGAUGUGACUCAACUCCCUCAGUGGAUACUGGGCAUCUCUACUCCUCAUCUGAAGAGAAAAAAAGGUAGGAACAUGGACUCAUGUGCCUCUCUGUUCCUGCUUCAAUGUAUCAAGAAGGGAGAGGAUUACCAUUUCCAAACCUAUGCUGGAUCACUGAACCAUCAAGUGAAAGACACUGUGCCCAGGGUUGGGGUAUAG